GGGAGGGACACGCAUUGCAACAAAGAAACACACAUUCACUGGUGGCAGUGGCAAUAAGGGACACCGUUCAGAUGUGUUACUGACCCUCCCUCUGCUUCAUUUACUCAGACAAAUCACAGUCAAGAAGAUCAAUGGUGCGAUUUCAGAUCUUUACACGGAACGUGUUUUCCUCGUAACUUUGAACCGCAGCGGGAAAGACGGACUCGACUGCCUUCCUGAACGCGUAGGUCGCAACCUUUGAUUCGCCGCGACGAGGAAGACGCCGUCAUUUAUUUAGCCACGACUUUGCGAUAUAUGUAUGUGCACGACUCUUUUGGCUUCUGAACAGCUCGUUCGUUUAGUUCCAGUGAAUUUUGAUGAUGUGCCUGUAGCGUUGGGUUACGGGGCAGGUAGAGACAAGCUUGAUUCGGAUUGUUAAAGUUUGAUCAUCUCGGUUUGAUGUCUACCGUGAUUUGCCGCAAUGUCAAGCGGAGCACGACAGAGAUUAGAAACCCGGGUGAGAAAGUUGGAGUCGAUGAUCAAGGACCAGCGGUCACCGCUGAAUCUGGAGAGUUUGCUGGAUUCAAUAACUGCUCUCGCUCUUGAUCUGAAUCAUCCUGCUCUGAGAAAGAACAAAAACAUAGAUGCCUUCUUAAACAGAUAUGAAAAGGCCGUUGGUGGCCUCAGGGAGUUACAGGUGAGGCUGGAUGAUUUUGACAGAGUCAAGCUGAUUGGUCGUGGAGCCUUUGGCGCUGUUCAGCUGGUACGACACAAGGGGUCUCAGCAGGUGUAUGCCAUGAAGCAGCUCAGCAAGUUUGAGAUGGUCAAACGCUCAGACUCCGCCUUCUUCUGGGAGGAGCGUGACAUAAUGGCUUUCUCCAGAAGUCCGUGGAUAGUGCAGCUGUGUUGUGCAUUUCAAGAUGAAAAGUACCUCUAUCUGGUGAUGGAGUUCAUGCCUGGUGGAGAUCUGGUGACUCUGACCAGUAACUAUGACAUCCCGGAGGAGUGGGCUCGCUUCUACACUGCAGAACUGGUGCUUGCACUGGACGCUAUUCAUUCUCUGGGCUUCAUCCACAGAGACAUCAAACCAGACAACAUGCUGCUAGAUCGCAACGGACACCUCAAACUGGCUGACUUUGGAACAUGCAUGAAGAUGGACUCGUCUGGUAUGGUCCGCUGUGACACUGCUGUUGGGACUCCUGAUUACAUUUCACCCGAAGUUCUGAUGUCACAAGGAGGGACUGGUUACUAUGGCCGUGAGUGUGACUGGUGGUCGGUGGGCGUUGUCAUCUACGAGCUGCUAGUUGGUGACACACCGUUUUAUGCCGAGUCCCUGGUGGGCACGUACGGAAAGAUCAUGGACCACAAAAACCGCUUAACCUUCCCAGAUGACAUUGAAAUGUCAAAGGAUGCCGAAGACCUCAUACGUGCUUUUUUGACUGACAGGGAGGUGAGGCUUGGUCGGACUCGAGUGGAUGAGAUAAAAUGUCAUCCCUUCUUCAAGAACGAUCAGUGGACCUUCGACACCAUACGAGACACCAUGGCUCCAGUGGUGCCAGAGCUGAGCAGUGAUAUCGACACCAGUAACUUCGAUGAUGAAAUAAAGGAUGAUCCGCUAAGCGUCGAGACCUUCCCUCCUCCACGUGCUUUUGCAGGAAAUCAGCUACCGUUUGUGGGCUUCACCUACUUCAGCGAGGACCAGUUGUUUAACCACAAACCAAAUGGUCCAGAGGAGGAUUCUGGGAUCUCUGUUGAUAGUUUGAUCGAGAAGGAGUAUGGUCUGAACCAGUCAGAGUCCAGUGAUCUACAGAGGAAGCUUAUUAAGUUGGAGGAAAAAAUCAAACAUGAUAUACAAGCAAAGGAGGAACUGGAAAUUAAAUGCAGAACAACAAAUCAGCGACUGGAGAAGUUGUCCAAAGAGCUUGAAGAAGAGGUGAAUGCGAGACAAAAGGCAGAAGAUUCUCUAAGGGCUUUGGAGAGAGAGAAAGCUUUGCUGAACCACCAGCGCACUGAGAGUUUAAGAAAAGCCGGACUUGAGACGGACAGAAAGCGUGUUCUUGAGAAUGAGGUGAGUAGCCUGAAAGAGCAGCUAGCCGAGCUAAAGAAGAAGAACCAGAACUCUCAACUCUCCACAGAGAAGAACAUUCACUUAGAGAGACAGUUGGAGGAGGUGAAUGCUAAGCUGAAGGCUGAGGAGGACGAAUCCGACAGGCGGAAGAAGGCCCAGAGCGAGGCUCUUAAACAGUCCCAGCAGCUGGAGGUCUCCCUCAGAGAGCUUCAGGAGCGUCUGGCCCAGCUGGAGAGCGGCAGGCUGAGUCUGGAACAGGAGAAACUCGCCCUGCAAACCUCACUGGAGGUGGAGAAGCGAGAGAGAAGUGUCGGCUCUGAAACCAUCAACGACUUACAGGGUCGUAUAUCUGGGCUUGAGGAGGCGUUAAAGCACAUAAAAAGUUCUCUUUCAAAGGCUGAAACGGAGAAAAGACAGUUACAGGAGGACUUUACUGCCCUGGAAAAGGAGAAGAGCAAGCAGGAGAUCGAUCUCACCUUCAAACUCAAAGCCGUUCAGCAAAGUCUGGAGCAGGAGGAGGUGGAGCAUAAAGCCGCCAAAGCCAGAUUGGCCGACAACAACAAAAUCAACCAAUCCAUCGAGGAGGCCAAGUCUGAGGCCCUUAAAGAUAUGGAGCGUAAGCUGCUAGAGGAACGAUCGGCAAAGCAACUAUUGGAAAGCAGACUCAUGCAGUUGGAGAAAGAGAACUCGGUGUUAGACUGUGAUUACAAACAAGCCAAACAUGAACUCCAGGAGCUCCGCUCAUUCAAAGAGAAACUCACUGAGGAGGUGGAGGUGUUGACUGUACGGGCGCAGCAGGAGACUCAGAAGAAGAAUUUGUGUCAGGCUGAUCUUAAGGUUCAGAGACAGGAGAUCAGCACCCUGCGUUCCUCUGAGAAACAGCUCAAACAGGAAGUCAACCAUCUGCUGGAGCUCAAACUCAGUCUGGAGAAACACAACCAGGAGCUGCGCAGGGAGAAAGAAGAAGCUGACGUACAACUGAAAGAGCUAAAGGAUCAGUUGGAAUCGGAGCAAUACUUUACAAAACUGUACAAGACUCAGAUUCGAGAGGUGAAAGAAGAGAGCGAUGAAAGGACUAAACUCUACAGAGAUGUUCAGCAGAGAUUAGAGGAGCUGCUGGAGGAGAGGGACUCAUUAGCAGCACAGAUGGAGGAGAGUCUGACAAAGGCAGACUCUGAAGCGCUGGCACGAUCCAUUGCUGAGGAGCAAUACUCAUAUCUGGAAAAAGAGAAGAUCAUGAAGGAGCUUGAGAUCAAAGACAUGAUCGCCAGACAUCGACAGGACCUCAGUGAGAAGGACAAUACCAUCAGCUCGCUGGAGGAGUCGAAUCGUACGCUCACAUUGGAUGUUGCCAACCUGGCCAGUGAGAAAGAGGAGCUUAACAAUCAGCUUAAACAUCUACAGCAAUUGCUGGAGAAGGCCAAGGUAGAAGAGAGAGAGAUGAAAUCUGUGAAGCUGUUUUUUGAGAAGCAGAUACAGGCUGAGAAAACCCUCAAGAUUCAGGCUAUAAACAAGCUGGCAGAGGUGAUGAAGAAGACCGGCGGCGACAAGCAAAGGCAAAAUCACGAUACCGACAUCCGCAGGAAGGAGAAAGAGAACAGACAGCUGCAGUCACAACUGCGCGCAGAGAAAGACAAACUCAACAAGUCCAUCUUCAAAUACCAAAGAGAACUCAAUGAUAUGCAGGCAGUGAUAGCGGAGGAGUCUCAGGUGCGGCUGGAGUUGCAGAUGGCUCUGGACAGUAAAGACAGUGACAUCGAACGCCUGCGCUGUCAGCUGACGUCUCUCAGCAUCCAUUCUCUAGACACCACCAGCAUCAGCAGCACCGGAAAUGACAUGGAUCCCGAUGACGGUUAUCCAGUGCGCAUCACACACUCACACACCUCGGAGUCAAUGUCUUUCACUUACCAGCGAAGCUCCAAGUCAGUGUGUAUUGAUACCCGGCCAUGCCGGAUCACCCCCAUGUUCCCCUCCGACUCUGAGGAAGAGGAGGAUGAGGAGGGCGAGUGGGGGUCAAGACCCGCCCUUACAUAUGAGAGACCCACUGAACAGAAGCCUGAAGGUACCACAGAUGCUAGUCUAGAUGGAUGGCUCUCAAUGCCCACCAAGAACACUAAAAGAUUUGGAUGGGAAAGAAAGUAUGUGGUUGUAAGCAGCAAAAAGAUCCUGUUUUAUGAUUCAGAGCAGAACAGAGAACAAUCCAGCCCCUUCAUGAUUCUGGACAUAGACAAACUGUUCCACGUCAGACCUGUCACCCAGACGGAUGUUUAUCGGGCUGAUCCCAGAGAAAUCCCACGGAUAUUUCAGAUACUGUACGCCAACGAAGGCGAGAGCAAAAAAGAGGAGGUUGCUAUCGAACCCUUAUCAGCGGCUGAUAGGUCUUCGUACAUCCCACACAAAGGUCACGAGUUCGUGCUCACCCUUUAUCACUUCCCAUCCAGCUGUGAAGCGUGUAUGAGACCUCUGUGGCACGUUUUCAAACCCCCACCUGCCUUGGAGUGCAGACGCUGCCGGGUCAAGUGCCACAAAGACCACAUAGACCAUAAGGAGGAAGUGAUCGCGCCCUGUAAAGUGAACUAUGACAUGUCCACAGCAAAGGAGCUACUGCUGCUGGCCAACUCAACAGAGGAGCAGAAGAAAUGGGUCAGCCGCUUGCUCAAGCGGGUCCCGCGUAAACCCGUCGCCCACAACGCGAGCAUAGCUAUAGCCUCUCCGUCCUCUGAGGGGUCUCCACCUAAGCUGUCCCCCCAGCUAUCUCCUCGCCUAUCCCCCAGACCUUCUCCUCACCUGUCCCCCCAUUGCUCUCCGAGGCUUUCCCACAGAGGAGCAGUCAAAGUGCAUUCCACCCGACAGCCGUCGUCGCCAAAGAGCAGCCCUGGCCCAAUGAUCCGUAUCAUUCUUCAUUGACCUGUUCACCUCUGACCUUUCACCUUCCCCCCUUGUGCAUAUGUGUGGACAGUAAGUACACCACAUCACUCCCCAUCGACCAGAUUUCCUGCUUGUCUGUGCGGCCUUAAAACAACCACUUUAAAUAUUUGCCUCUUUGUUGUUCUCAGUGGAGUAAUAAUAGGCGUCUGAACAAAAACCCGCAUGUCACUGUUAUGAAAACGCUUACUAAUAAUGCAAUGUCUCUUUAACCUCUAACCUUUAACACUAGAUGUUUCACCUGGCAUCAAAUGAGAUGUCAGACUUUUCCGUUGAGGAAGAAUACAGAUGGACAGAGCUGCUUUCAAAACCACCAGUCAUUUCAUAGUUUAUAGAAUUCCAUUUGUAUAAUACACGAUUUGUUAAAAAUAAAGCAAUACAGUUACGGUUAUCAGUAAAACAGCAACACUACCUUGCCUUCACUUUAACUUUUUUGGUUUUUAGAGUUUAAAAUAAAGCCACAACUUUGAAAGCCCUUGAUCUUUUUAUCUGAGCCCAAAUGACUCCUCUCUUGUUUCAGAUUGCUUGAGUUGGGUCUGAAGGACUGGGGUUGGUCUCUUGAUGUUGAAAUGGAUGAUGACGAUGUAUUAGACUUCUGAGGCAUUGAAAGCGUGUGGGGGUAACCACAGUGGUGCCUUAGCAUGGUUUUGUGUAUGUUCGUAUUUCGGCUUAAAAGAAUCGGUCCCCCAAAUAGGAAAAUUCUUUCAUAAUUUACUCACCCUCAUGCUAUGACUUCUCUUAGUGGACACUUAAUAAUGUUGAGUUUCAUUGGCUCUUGCAUGUGACAGCUAGUCACGAGACUCACAAGAUCAAAUGAGAUUAAACAUUAUCGUAGAAGAUAACAUUUCUAUAUAAUAUUAUUAGGGCUGUCAAACGAUUAAUCAUGAUUUAUCGUAUCCAGAAACAAAGUUUGUGUUUACAUAAUAUGUGUCUGUGUACUGUAUAUUAAUUUUGUAUCAAUAAACACAUACACAUACAUGUAUAUAUUUAAUUAAGAAAAAUAUAAAAAUGAAUAAACAUUAAUAUAUGAUUUCACUUAUUGGUAAAUAUAAAUAAAUCAAACUAUUUCCUAAGUAUAUAUCAAAGUCUAAAAGUCAAAGUCUGCUUUAUUGUCAAUUCUGCCACAUGUACAGUACAUACAUAUAGAGGAUUGAAAUUGCGUUAUUCUAGACCCAUGGUGCAUACAAAUAACACUACACCGAAUAAAAAAAAAAUAUAUAAAAAAAACAGAUAAAUACAGAUUAUUAUAUAUAUAUAUAUAUAUAUAUAUAUAUGUAAAAUACAACUAUUACAAGCAGGGAUAUUUAAAAAGAGAAAAGGAAUAUUUGGGUAAUGGCAGAUAGAGUGCAAAGCAGUGAAAUAUACAACAGUGCAGAUGUGAGGUAGUGCAAAGAGCUGAUUAGUCUGUUUAAAAUAUAUACCUGUAUGUGUAUGUGUAUGUUUUUGUGUUUAUAAAUACAAAAUGAAUAUGCAUUAAUCAUGAUUAAUUGUUUGACUGCGUUAAAAAUGUUUUAUUUGUAUUAAACAGAAGAAAGCAAGUCAUAUCUGGGAUGGUAUGAGGAAGAGUAAAUUAAGAGAGAAGUUUUAUAUUUGAGUGAACUAUUCCUUUAAAAGAAGUUUAUGUAUGCUGUUAAAAGUAUGCUUGUGUUUUGUUUCCACUUUAGAGGACUACAACUAGAAUGAGUUUAGUUGGUUGUUUUUUGAUGGACUAAUAUAAGUGAGUUUGUACACAUGUGCAUGUUUGGCUGUGUUUAAGACCACCGGCUUUGUUUGAAGGAAUGGAACGUGUAUUAUGGUGUGAUAUCAAAACAUAUUUGUUGGUGAUGUCUGCUUUUGCUUGUGGUUAAAUACAGAAUCAACCACAUGUAUAUUGUUUUCACCAAAUUGAAAUUUUCAUCACCUGCUUGUUGAACAGUGACCUCAACACCCAUUCUCUGUUUUACUUCAAUUCCAGUUAACCUUGGUGAAGUCCGGAUAGGUGAUAAUCCAUCUGGGAACAUUGACAGCACAGAAGAAAAUGACAUACUGGCAAAUGGCAGCGCAAGUGCCAAACUCCAAGUAUAAAUGACUGAGGGGCCUCAUGUUUAAUACUGCAAAAGCCAUAUAUCACCGUAAGGAUGUAGUUUUAAUUUUAAAUCACGAGAGUGUUUUAAUGCCUUCCUAGAAAAGCAUUUUGAAAUUUAGAGAUUAAUUUGGUCAGUUUACAAGUGUCAGGGAGUGUGUUUUUGUGCUUGUGUGUGUGUGUGUGUGUGUUUGAAAGGGAAUAUAUAGUUGCUCUGAAAUGUUAUGAUACUCUGAAUUUGUUUUAUCAAAUAUUAUAUAUAUUUUUAAAGAACUGGCAUAUGUAGUGGUACAAAUUAUAUUUGCCUCAAACAAUACUUUUGCUCAAAUGCUUGUUCAGCAGAGCCUUUAGAAAGUUUUUUUACAAGAACAAUCUGCUCUAAGGUUUAUGGAAAACAGAUUCAUACAGUUCAUAUUUGAGCAUUUUUGCUGUCACCAAAAUAAGAUUUCGAUUAGUUUGCAUAUAGCAAUCAUGGUUUGCAUGUUAUUAAGUAAUGCAAUAUACAGAUUAUUGCCACUGACAAACUGUUGAGACAUUGUGAAAUUGUAAAUAAAUAAAAAACGCUUGA